GCGAAUCUUAAACUCGUAAGACGCACGCAAAUAAACGAAGAGCUCUCGAUUUAUAGCGUGAGGGGAAUCCGUACGAUCCCGAUCUUAUUGCCGCCAACGAAAUGGCCGACGACGGAAAUCGUAAGCUGAAGGAACACGUGACCAUCCCUGAACGCCUUGACCAGAUCAGCCGGAUCCUAACCAGCAUCGGCAAGUUCGCCGUUGAUUCGGCCGUCAAUGACUCUCUUAAAGCCGUCACCGGUAGGAAGCAGAUGCAUAAGAUUGUGCAGGAAGGAUUCAGGCAUCAACCUGCUUCACCCGCUUUAGAUGACAAGAAGAAACCAGAGGAUCUUAAAGUAGUGAUGCAGGAGCUGCAAGCAAAGGAGGAUGGAGUGCAGGAAGACACGAAUAAACCAAAGCAAGGAACUAGAGCAUCAGCCAAAUCAGUCAAUGGAUCCUCUGCUGUUCUGAAGAAGAAACCAAAUGACGGCAAAAAGGGGUCUGAUCUUUUAGAAACGGAUAAGAAAAGAGUUUUUAUUCGGUCUCGGCUAUAAAAUGACCUUGAUAAUGAUAUGCCUAAAGUAUCGCAAAUUGUACUGCUAACAUGUAAUGGACAUCAUACAGGAAUGUUUAGGAUUUGGGUGUAUUGGUGUCAGGAUACGUGAGAAAAUAACAUGUGUAUGUGUUUAUUUCCA